ACGCACGUGCACACGGUGGGCAGGGAGAAAACGAGCGAGAGUCUGAGUGCUGGGCUCUUUUUAGCGAUGGCUUCUGCUCUCAACAGCAAAAUUAACCCUCCCGGGACUUGCCAGGGCUCCAAAGCCGACGGUGGCGCCGGCUGGAGAAUGGACUGUGAUCCUGAGAUGCACGUGAAAAUGUGCAAGAAGAUCGCCCAGCUCACCAAGGUGAUUUAUGCCCUGAACACCCGCCAGGAUGAGGCCGAGGCCAGCAUGGAGGCGCUGCGGGAAGCGCACCAGGAGGAGCUCCAGAGUGCGGUAGCAGAGACCAAGGCCAGGCUCCUGCAGGAACAGGGCUGCGCAGAGGAGGAGGCCCUUCUCCAGCGCAUCCAGGCCCUGGAGAGCGCCCUGGAGCUGCAGAAGAGGCUGACGCAGGAGGCGCUGGCUGAGUCGGCCUCGUGCAGGCUGGAGACGAAGGAGAGAGAGCUGAGGGUGGAGGCGGAGCACGCCGAGCGAGUCCUCACGCUCUCCAGGGAAAUGCUGGAGCUCAAGGCUGACUACGAGAGGAGGCUCCAGCACCUGACGAGCCACGAGGCCACCCCGCGGGGCCGGCUGCCUCAGGAGAGCCCUGAAACCAAGUCAGAGCCAGGCCAGGGCCCGGAGAUGCAGGAGGUCCUGCUAGAGGUGCAGCGGCUGCGAGUGGAGAACCAGCAGCUGAGCAAGGACUACGCCCGCAAGGCCGAGGAGUUGCAGGCCACCUACGAGAGGGAAAACGAGGCCAUCCGGCAGGCCAUGCAGCAGUCGGUGAGCCAGGCCCUGUGGCAGUGGCAGGAGAAGGAGUCGGACCUCCGCAAGAACUUCCAGGUCCAGGAGUCGGCCCUGCAGGCUCAGGUCCGGAAGCUGGAAGGAGACCUGGAGCACAGAGGCCGCAAGAUAAGUGACCUAAAGAAGUACGCCCAGAAGCUGAAGGAGAGGAUUCAGGACCUGGAUGUGCAGCUUAAGGAGGCUCGACAGGAGAAUUCAGAGUUGAAAGGCACUGCAAAAAAACUUGGGGAGAAGCUGGCUGUUGCCAAAGACAGAAUGAUGCUGCAGGAGUGUCGUGGGACACAGCAGACAGAUGCCAUGAAGACUGAGCUAGUUUCAGAGAACGAAGUCCUGGGGGAAGAGAAUGACUUGGAAGCCGGCAGUCUUAAUCCUCAGCAGGAUCAAAGCUGUCUCAAGGAGUGCCCUUGCAUGAAAGGAGGCACAGAUAUGCAGACCAAGAAAGAGGCAAGUGCUGACACAGAAUAUAUGAAGCAACAGUAUGAAGAAGACCUUCGUAAAAUCAAACAUCAGACAGAAGAGGAGAAGAAGCAUCUCAAAGACCAGCUAGUGAAGCGACUGGAAGACUUGGUAAAGAAGCACACUGUGGAAAUCAAAUCCGUUCGCUCAUCCGUGGAGGCUGAAAGAAAGAAACUGCAGAAGGAAGUAGAAGCACAGUUGGAGGAAGUGAGGAAGAAAUCAGAAAAGGAGAUAAAGCAGCUGGAAGAAGAGAAAUCAGCCCUCAAUGUGAAGCUCCAGAAUUCUCUGCUCGAGGUUUUAAGGCUGGAAGAAUUUAUCCAACAAAAUAAGACACGCCCCACAAGAGCUGAGGAAAGGCCCCAGGAAUUAGGCCGCCAGCACUGCAGCAUUCUGGAGACCCAGGAUCCAUGCUUAAAGCUGGAUGAAACUUCGCCGAGAGGAGAGGAGUAUCAAGAUAAGUUAGCAGCUGAAGAAGGAACCAGCAGUGAUGAAGAAGAAAGGACCAAAGUGCUUCUGAAGGAGGGAAGUGACCCACAACCUCCACUGGGCUCUUUGUUGAAGGAGAAAAGAUCCGAAAUCCAGCGUCUAGAGGACUGGCAAAGCCAGAAGGCCAAACUGCAAGCCCAGGUCUCACAGAUGCAGCAGGCUCUGGAGCAGUGCACCAGCAACUACAGGGAGGACCUGCAGGCGCUCAAGCAGCUCUCGGACCUGGAGAGGGAGAAGCUGCAGCGUGAGCUCCAGGAGAACACUCAGCAGAACCAGGCUGUGAGAGCCCAGCUCGAGGCUUCCCACCAGAGAGCCCUGCGCAUGCUGGAAAAGGCCAGACAUCAGGAACUCAAGGCCACAGAGGAACGCUUGAAGAAGGAAUCCAGCCACAGCCUCCAGAUCCAACACCAGGCACACCGGCUGGAGCUCCAGGCCUUGGAGGAAAAGGCCAGGCAAGAGCUGCAGGAGGAGCGUGAGAGGAUGCAGGCACAGCAGGACUUGCUGCUAGAGUCUCUCAGACAGGAGCUGUCGGAGCAGCAAGCUGCCUGUUCUGGGCACCAGAAGGACCUGGAGGCACUGCAGGCCGAGCUGAGGGCUCUGGGCAGACAGCAAGCCAGCAGCCAGUGUCCAGGAGACAGCAAGGAUCACAUAAUUGCCACAGAGGAGCGGGGCGGCCCGGGCCAGGCCGGCUCCCCACCGGGCGCUGCUGGGCAGGGUUCCGGCGAGGGAUGCGGGCUCUGGGAGGAGAACGCGCAGCUCCAGGACGCGGUGCGGCGGCUGCGCGCGGAGGUGGAGCAGCAUCAGCAGGAGGCGCAGCAGCUCCGCGACCAGCGCAGGUUGCUGGAGGAGACUCAGCAAACCCAGCACGCCAGGGAGGUGGAGACACUCCGCCAGGAACACCGGAAGGAGAUGCAGGCCAUGGUGGCAGAUUUCAGUAGUGCCCAGGCCCAGCUCCAGGCCCGGCUGGCUGCCCUGGAAGCCGAGCUGAAAGAUUCCGGAGAGAAGCCAGGGAAGGGAGCGUCCAGGCCUGAGGACCUUCAGCUCAUAGGCCGCCUGCAGACCCGCCUGAAGGAGAGAGAGGACAUCAUCAAGCAGCUCACGGAAGAGAGAAGAUUUCACUAUGCAGCAUUCCCCAGUGCCAUGUCCCACCGGAAUCGGUCUUUCUCUUUCAAUCCUCACCCGGGAUAUUUGACCCCUUCCAUGAAGAAAAAGAAGGUGGAGGACGUGCCCAGCCGCGUGGUCAGCGUGCCAAACCUCGCCUCCUAUGCAAAGAACUUUCUGAGUGGCGAUCUGAGUUCCAGGAUUAAUGCCCCUCCAAUAACUAAGUCACCCAGCUUGGACCCAAGCCCCAGCUGUGGCCGGACCUACAAACCCAACCAGUCUACAGAUGCAAAAACUGCCACAAGGACCCCAGAUGGUGAAACGGCCCAAGCCAAAGAAGCCCAGCAGAAACAGGGCUCUCCGCACCAGGAAUGGUUCACCAAGUACUUUUCUUUCUAAGCUAACCUUUGGGAUACAUCACAGAGGAUACUUGAAAAACAUUUCUUUUAAAUCAUCUGAUUGAAGGAAUGAACUAACACCAACCAACCAAAUAAUAUGCUUGUAAGAUGAUUUAUAUAUGAUAGCUAAAACAAAUUUUGGCAUUAACACUUCAUACUGUUCUGCCAGGAACAGUGGCUCACGCCUGUAAUCCCAGCACUUUGGGAGGCAGAUGGAUCGCUUGAGUCCAGGAAUUUGAGACUAGCCUGGGCAAUAUGGAGAAACCCCAUCUCUACAAAAUAUACAAAAAUUAGCCAG